CAACAACAACUUCACCGCCGAUCUCAAGGUUGACACGCAUGUCUCUGUGGGCGACCAUUUACACUGGACUUGCAGCGGUGGCCACAGCCCAAGUAACACCGUCCUCCUGCCUGUCGUGGACUGACCCGACCAGUACCUUUUCUACGACUGCAGCUGCAGUUGGAAUGGGAGUCAUUUCCACGAGACUAACGUUACACGACUUCACAGAUAUGCUCCCCCACCCCAUUGCCGAGUGCAUAGGAUCUGUGAACGCGUCGGAUCUUUUGGCAGCUGUCAUGCCUUCGUUGAAGGAUCCAGUGUGCGCUACGGCCUAUGUGUCGUUGCUGACGUGGAAAGGCGAAGUGUCAUCGGCGUUGGUCUCUGUGGCGGGCGAAGUGUUGACCGACAAAGUGUUCGAGGCAAUUUGCGCUCCGUUUGUCGACGUGAUUCCGUGCUUGGAGUCGGUGCUGCUCCAGACAGUCAUGCCCCUUGUCACAUCUCAGCCCUGCUGCUCCUCGGUCUUGUCCGAUGUCGCGCGUAACUUCGGCGCUCCGUUGGAUGUCAUCGUCUCCAAAGCAACAAGAUUAGUGGCAGAUGUGGUCUGCUCGACUCAAAGCCCUGGGUUUUACAACCAGUCGUCCCAAACGUGCGCUUUCACGCUGCUGGAGAGCUUCCUUGCCCCUACUAGGAAAGACCCCUCCGUGUUGUUUUCAAAUACCCUCAACGCCAUGCAAGUGCCCAAUGACCAGGGGGUUGCAGCCAUGUCGGGCAAAAUGUUCAAAGGGACCCUCAAUAUCACAAAACCAGCAUUGUUCACUGCCCCCUUUUUGCCUGGCUCGUGCGUAAGACCUGCCAAUUCCCUUCUCACUUGGGUUCGAAAUUUUCCCAUUCUCCAAGAGUCGACCUAUGGCUUGUCACUUUCCCAACUCUUCAACGACAACUCGUGUUUGCCAGGAGGCCCCCUCAUGUCCAUUUUCACCUCUGGUGAUAGUCCUGCCAUGUUAGGCAUGAAAGCCAUGGUCCGCAACAACGCCAGUUGUUUUCACUUGGCCAAUGGAUACCCCACCGAUGACUUUGACGCCCCUGCACUAACACUCUUCACCAGCACGCUUCACGAGAUUGCACUUGCGAAAAACCCAGCCACCACCACGCCCCCCACGUCGACCUCUCCUUCAUCAUUCAAACAAGAAUCCAACGCAGCGUUCCAGAUUCUCCCGUCAUGGCUUGUAGUUGCGUCCACAACUGCAAUAAUAUGCAGCGUAAUCAAGCUGUAGCGCAUAUGUGAAGUUCACUC